AUGGCGACGGUGAGGCACAGAGGAGUGAAAACUGGACGCUUUGCCGUUAUUAAACACCGCUGGUCCAGGCACCGUAAGAACUGAUACGGCACCGGGAGCGAAAGUUAAUCGACCCAUUUCUCGGUCGCGACACGCCGCUCGGUGUUGUACGGCGACGCGGCGGCUCUGGUCGCUUUUGUUUUCGGUUCCCCCUGUUGUUGCCUCGGACUGCUCAUUAGCUUCAAGUUGGAAAGCCAAUGCUAGCCCGGGGCUAGCUGUGUAGCUCCAUCGGCUGCUUGGGUCUUUCCGUAUGGCAUCCGUGGAUCGAUACCGUGUCCAGUGCUAACACUGGGCUGUGUAGACACAUUCAAAGUUUUUGUUUUCACGGAAACGGCCGCAAAUGAAUCACCUGGAUUAGAAAAUACUACUUAAGGAGGAAUAGGGGGCACCGACGAUCUGGCAUUGCGGCACUGUUUGGAGUGUCGAGGCGGAGUGAGUUCGCCGUCAUGUAUUUUCUAACCGGCUGGCCACGGAGGCUGCUUUGUCCGCUGAGGAGUGAAGAGGAGCCCUUCCACAUCCAGCCCAGCUCCCAGAGGUUUUACUUCGCCCUGCUGUCGGAGACUCAGCUCAGCAUCUGGUUCAGUCGGCCCAGUGUUUUGAUAGUCAGCUAUAUCGAGUCUGCAAAGGCGGCGGCCCAGUUUGGCUUCUACCAGAAGGCAGAAUGGAAACCAGACGACUCCAUGAUAGCUGUGGCGACUGCCAAAGGCUACAUCCUCUUGUUUGAUGUAUUGGGUGGAGGAGAUGACAAGUACCUCUAUGAGCCCGUCUAUCCAAAAGGAAGUCCUCGCGUGAAGGUGACACCCGGUUACAAGGAGGAGCAAUGUGCCCCCGCUCUGUCUUUAGAGAUGAAGAAGCCUGUGGAUCUGGAGGCCCCCAUCACCAGUCUGCAGUCGCUCCAGGAGGACUUGCUGGUGUGCACCGCUGACGGCUACCUCCAUGUGCUGCACUGGGAUGGACUGGGCAGCAACGGACGCAAGGCCAUCUGCCUUACCACGAUUCCCUUCUCGCUCGACCUGCAGUCGGCUCGAGGUGGCCCCUCUCUGGACCUGGAGGGAGUCUAUAUCUGCUCUAUGGAAUACUGCGUGACCCUGGACGGCUUCGCUGUGGUGCUGAGUGACGGGCGCCUCGGUUUUAUCACGCCACUCAGCAACACCAUCACCGCAGAUCAGCUGCAGGGAGUCUGGGCAGCAGACGUGACUGAUGGCACCUGUGUGGCCGUCAACAACAAGUACAGACUGAUGGCCUUCGGCUGUGCCAGCGGCUCGGUGCUGGUGUACAUGAUAGACACCACCACGGGAUCCAUGCAGCUCUCCCACAAGCUGGAGCUCACCCCUAAACACUAUCCAGACAUCUACAACAAGACAGGCCCCGUCAAACUGAUCUGCUGGUCACCUGACUACAGCGUUGCCAUGGUUACAUGGGAGUGCGGCGGCCUGUCGCUGUGGAGCGUCUUCGGCGCUCACCUCAUCUGCACUCUGGGAGAGGACUUUGCGUAUCGUUCUGAUGAUACAAAGAAGGACCCCCUUAAAAUCAGCUCUAUGAGCUGGGGAGCAGAGGGCUACCACCUGUGGGUGCUCCCUUACAAGCCGGAGAGGAGGAGACCAGAGGAGCAGCAGGAUGUGGAAAUGGUCGCUCCCCCUCACUCCUCCCUGCAGGCCGGUAUACUGCAGUUCCACUUCAUUAAGAGUGCCCUCACUGUCAACCCCUGCACGAGUAACCAGGAGCAGGUGUUGCUCCACGGCGAGGACCGCCUCUACCUGACCUGUGUCGACCCCACGCAGAUCCACAGCAGCUCCGACACGCACCCGCGCACACACAUGCACCCCCGCGACGGCAGCCCGAUGCACCACCCUCCCAACCCCGACUCCUCUCUCUCUCAGGGACUCAGCACUUUACUGGGACACAAGCACUGGCACGUGGUCCAGAUUCACAGCACAUACCUAGAGAGCAACUGGCCUAUACGGUUUGCAGCCAUAGACACAGCAGGCCAAUGCAUGGCUGUAGCAGGGAGGCGGGGCUUUGCACACUACUCCUUAUUCACAAGGAAAUGGAAGCUGUUUGGGAAUAUCACUCAGGAGCAGAACAUGACGGUGACGGGAGGUCUGGCUUGGUGGAACGACUUUGUGGUGGUGGCCUGUUACAAUUUUAUAGACCAGCAGGAGCAGUUGAGGUUCUAUCAACGCUCAUCCAACCUGGACAAUGCCUUCGCCUCGGUCACAAAGCUGCACUCAGACACCCUGCUGCUCAACGUCUUCAGAGACAUGGUCAUCCUGUUCAGAGCCGACUGCUCCAUCUGCCUCUACAGCAUAGAGAGGAGGAACGACAGUCCAAAUCCGUCAGCCAGCGUGGAGCUGCUGCAGGAGGUGUCAAUGUCUCGCUACAUCCCUCAUCCAGCCCUCGUGGUCUCGGUCACGCUCACGUCUGUGCGCACAGAGACUGGCAUCACAUUGAAAGCCCCGCAGCAGGCCUGCAUGGCUGAGAGCAUCAUGUUGAAUCUGGCUGGCCAGCUGAUCAUGCUACAGAGGGACCGAUCUGGACCGCAGGUACGAGAGAAAGAGACGCCUGCUGUCAACAAGAAGCUGCUACCAUUUUGCCCUCCCGUGGUGCUGGCCCAGUGCGUGGAGAACGUGUGGACGACCUGUCGCUCCAACAAGAAGAAGCGCCACCUGCUGGAGGCCCUGUGGUUGUCCUGUGGAGAAGCAGGCAUGAAAGUGUGGCUGCCGCUGUUCCCCCGAGACCACCGUAAGCCCCACUCCUUCCUCUCCAGGCGCAUCAUGCUGCCCUUCCACAUCAACAUCUACCCUCUGGCCGUGCUGUUCGAGGACGCCCUGGUGCUGGGGGCGACCAACGAGACUGUGCUCUACGACGGGCUGCAGGGAUCCUCAGAGCCACUGGAGGCACUGUUCCCCUACUGCACCGUGGAGAGAACCUCCCAGAUCUACCUCCACCACAUCCUGAGGCAGCUGCUGGUUCGCAACCUGGGCGAACAGGCUUUGAUGCUGGCUCAGUCAUGUGCCUCCCUCCCCUACUUCCCCCAUGUCAUGGAGCUCAUGGUUCACGUGGUGCUGGAAGAAGAGGCGACAUCACGGGAGCCCAUACCCGACCCUCUGCUGCCCACCGUGGCCAAGUUCAUCACAGAGUUCCCCUUCUUCCUCCAGACCAUCGUCCACUGUGCCAGGAAGACAGAGUACGCCCUGUGGAACUACCUGUUUGCAGCUGUGGGAAACCCCAAAGAUCUGUUUGAGGAGUGUCUCAUGGCUCAAGACCUGGACACAGCAGCCUCCUAUCUGAUUAUCCUGCAGAACAUGGAGGUUCCAGCCGUGAGCAGACAGCACGCCACUCUUCUCUUCAACACGGCGCUUGAGCAGGGAAAGUGGGACCUCUGCAGGCACAUGAUCCGAUUCCUCAAAGCCAUCGGCUCAGGGGAGAUGGAGACUCCGCCCCCGACACCCACUACUCAGGAACCCAGCUCAACAGGUUUCGAGUUCUUUAGAAAUCGCAGCAUCAGCUUGUCUCAGUCGGCCGACUCCGUCACGACAGGAAAGUUCAACCUGCAGAAGACCUUCAGCAUGCCCACUGGAGCUUCUGCUAAAGGACGGGACGUGGAGUGUGCAGAGAACAUGUACAUUGAUAUGAUGCUCUGGCGCCACGCCCGCCACCUCCUGGAGCAAGUGCGCCUCCGUGACCUGGGGUGCUUCUCCGCACAGCUGGGCUUCGAGCUCAUCGGUUGGUUGUGCCGCGAGCGAAACCGAGUGGCCCGGGUCGAGGAUUUUGUUUCGGCGUUGAAGAGGCUGCACAAGGAUUUUCUGUGGCCGUUCCCCGUCAUUCCCGUGGGAAGCCUCAGCUCGCCUCUGAAGAACGGACGCUGUCGCUCAGUGCUGAGCACACGGCUCUUGAAGUCCCAGUCAGCCGACAGCCUGCUGAACAGCGACAUGGACGCGGCGCCGCCCCCGGCUGCUCCCACCAACCACACCUGGAUGGACGGCCUCGGGCAGAGGGCCAAAGACACGGACACGGCCUCAUCAGCUCACUCCAACCAACACUCACCACAGACACACGACGCCUUCCUGUCGCUCCUCACCAACAAAGUCGAGGAGUACAGCGUCGGCUCGGCCACGGAUCUGACGGAGACCAGCUCAGUGGUGGACGGCGACUGGACCAUGGUCGACGAGAACUCCUCCACUCUGAGCCUGAGCCAGGCCGAGCUGGAGCACAUCUCCAUGGAGCUGGCCAACAAAGGCCCACACAAGUCACAGGUGCAGCUCAGGUACCUCCUCCAUGUGUUCAUGGAGGCCGGCUGUCUGGAGUGGUGUGUGGUGAUCGGCUUGAUCCUGCGGGAUGCAAACGUCAUCAAGCAAGUGAUCAGCUUCCUGGACAGCCCCGAGGUUCCUCCAGAAACUGUGCAGAGCGUCCGAAACGGCUUACUGGGCGUCGACACGUGGGCCUCCACUGACUGCCUCGGAUACAAACCCUUCCUCAACCUGAUCCAGCCGCAGCUGCAGCAGCUGUUGGACUCGGCGUCCGAGCAGGUGCAGCCCGAAGCCUUCCAGCCCGUCAGCCAGAGCUCCAAACUCAGCGGCUCCGAGGGGCUGGGAGGAGCGACGGUACCGCGGGUGGAGGACAGCAGGGGGGUCGCGGCUCCGCUCGGCUUGGCUCUGCCCGCCCUCGAGCCCGCGGGAGGUUUUCCUCGCCCCCCUUCCGAGGACUGUCCUCCUGAACAGAUGGAGGAGCAGGGCGAGGAGGAGGGAGCCUACGACUGCACCUUGUCCUGAAGCCCGGGGGGGGUUCUUCUGGACUCGAACCUGUGAACUGUGGAUCCCCGAGGAAGCAGCAGCAGCAGUGGCAGCUGACUGGAAAAUGACUUUAUUUUUGUGUGUGUGUGUGCGUCUGUGUGUAUGUAUGUGUGUGUGUGUGCACAGAAAGUACCUCUCCGGCAGGUUCUUACUUCAGUCAGUAUUAUCCACUCUCCAGAUUUGCCCUUGGUGUCGAGCAGAGCCCCCGUGGAUACUGAGCGACAGACAGACCCGACCGGCACAAAGACAUCACAGCACAACCAGAGACAGGCCUCAAGUCUGACGCUUUUAUUUCUAACAGGACUCAUUUCACCAGAAGAAAAAAAAACAAAGUCACCUGUUUGGAAGCUGUAGAGCAGCACAUGAAAGCACCAGGCUUUUUUUUUGUUUUUUUUGUGUUGUUAUUGUAAUUCCAAGACUGUCCAGACAAAAAAAAGCUCCAUCGUUUCCAUUCGGUAAACGGUGAAAGAAUCAAGAGUCUAUCUGAUCAUCGCGCUACAUUGCUAAGCAGAAUGUAGAACAAAGUCAUUUAACGGAGAUGCACUGAAGUGUGUCUGAGCCUCCAGCAAGUAAGUGUGUAUGUGUGUGUGUGUGUGUGUGUGCACAAGAGGUGUUUCAUACUUUCAUACCUCAUAUGAUUUUAAAAUAUUUUGUGAUACCUUUUUUGGAAUAAUGCAGCGGCGCAAACGAGAUGACGUUAUUUUUCUAUUGAUUAGAACUCGUCCCUCUUGAGUCUCGCUCGUGAAAAGACGGUUUGAAUUCUGUGCAAUUCUUGAAAAAGAAGAGAACGAAUCCACUGCAGACUAGUUUCUUACCACUGAUCAGUACCUCCGCUCAUGUAUUUUUCACGGCCCCCCCCGACCUCACCGAAGCCACAAGCAGGUUCCUGAGAAAGAUUGGAAGGCGGAGGUGCGAACGCAUGCUACAAAAACCAAAUCAUACGACACUUUAUCCAGCUUUUAAACGCCCCCAUCUGAGAGUGUUUCCCAUCAUCAGCGAGGCACGCGAUGAACGUGCCGUCAAAGCCAUUCUGCUUUUUGUAGCUGUCCCUCGUUACAAGAGCAUCAUCGGAUCCCCCCUCGUCAGCAGUGUUAGAAGUGACACGUCAGUAUCGUUUUUUUUUUGUUUUUGAAACAGAGGGAUUGUCGUUGUGCAAUGGAAGCGCUGUUGUGUAAUCUGAACCCUCGUCAUCUGAUAAGGACUUCAUACUUCGUCCAGUUCAACAUGCAUAUCACAUCCCUGAACCGCUUGACUGAUGUCGUGUGCUUCUGUGUGCAUUUCUGAACCACAUCGUAUUCAAAAAUGUGUGGAAUUGAUUUUAUUGUAUUAGUCCUCAUUAUUACUAUUAUUUAUUGGUAUUUUUAGCUGAGUGAUAAUUGCUGAAGUGAUGAACAGAGACGUUUGUUUUUAUGACUGACGAGACUCUUCCCCCCUCCUGUUUCGGUUAUCAAAGCUCAACACGGCGAGCACUAAACGCUUCAUCACGCAUAUGUCAGUAUUAUAUUGUGCAAUGUAUUGAAAUGUUACUCAGCUUUAUUUUUUAUGCUUCUUUUUUCUGUCCCCCACCCCCCACAACCCUCCCAGCUGUUAGCUUUUCACGAUAGACCAAAUCAUAUUCUAGAGGUUCAUUUUUGCUCUCUUGUUUGUGGAAACUUAGAUUCUGCCUGUAUUUGUUAGAACACUCGCGAAAACACGAAAGGGCAAAAUGACUAAACGGGACAGGCGUCGCCCCCUCGGCCCUGUUGCCCCCCUGGUUCCGGUGGGCCCCCCGUCGUCUCCACUCUGAACAAGCCUACAGCCACACUACGCUGCUCCCGCUGUAAGCUUUACUUGACUUGAAAACGGUAACUUGAUGAACCAAAGACUUUUACGUCCAGAGGCCUUCUGUUUUAACCGGUUUGCUUCGAUUGAACGCUCGAGUCAUUAUGCAGAGGGAACAAAAACCUCAAAACACACCCACUAAACCUCCCCCCCUCAUCAGAAACAUAACGGCCAUGGCUCAACAGACUAAUGCUGACAGCAUACGAGACAAUUUCCUACGGAAAUGAAUAUUUCAGACGUUUUUUGUUUUUUUUUGGUUUCCCUCUCUGCGGGUGAGGAGCGGUCGGUCAGGUGUGUCUCGUGGUACUCGGGUGUCACAUUCACUCACAGGUGGACACUAGCGCUCCCUCCCUACUGUGUACAGUUUAAAAGUAUUGCCUGUUUACUCAGAGUAGAGUUUUAUUUCUGGGGCAGCAGACAUCCUCAAUGCAGUGUAAAGAUACUCUCUUGUACAUUUGCCUUUUCUACUCAUGUUUGGUUUUCUACUUCAUUUUUUUCCUUGUACAUAAAGACCAAUAAAUUAUUUUUAAAAUGCUUA